GCAUCUUCAGCAGUCAUCAUCAACAUAUCUAUCGCUGCCCCUUGUUGCCUUUCGCAACCUGGCUUCGACUCUCAAAUGAUACGCUGUCAGGGCAUGUAGGGCCUCCUCAGGCGAGCGACAACAUGCCUCUCCAGAGACUCGACACGAAUGUCGCCGACCGUGACACCGGCUCCCUGCUCUCGCCAAUCGCGUACGACGACGACGCCUCCUCCAUCCUUAGCCGGAGUGACCAGGACACAGACAGCGAAGAUGACCAACUGCAGCAGCGGGCUCGCAACAGCCGUGAGCUGCUAGCCCACGACCGAAUCGUUCUGAUGGAGGAAGACGACGUCGACCGGCUCGUGACCACAUCGCGGCGUCAGCAGGAGCGCCAGCGUCGUGGCUCCAACCUUGCCGUCCCAAAUCCCUUCAAAAUCUUCGGUCAGCGACCGAGUCAGCCCAACAUGCCAGCGGCGGCGAGCUCGACCGAAUCUUUGGUCCUCGAGAAGAGGUCUUUACGAAGGGAGAGGCGCAAGCAGAAGCGAGAACAACUGCUCGAGCACGCGCAGCAUGGCGAAGAUGGCGGGCUCAUGUACGAGAUGGAGGAGGGCGGCAUGCGGGAUGGAAGCUCGACGGGAGAUACCACCGAACGCGAGGACAGCGACGAGGUCGACCGGCGGCGCCUCAACAUGAUGGCUAGUGCAAAGGCUGAGCGCGGACGCAGCUGGCGACGCGCUGUCCUGAUCUAUGCCCUCAUCAGCAUCGGCUUUGCCAUCCUGGUCCUGUUUGCCUGGAAGUUGUCGAGAAAGGACAAGUCUGCGACGACAGUCGAGCCGCACUUGGUGACCAACGGCACGGCCUUGUUUGCGCCAACCACCAUCAUCAUCAGUCUCGAUGGAUUCCGGGCCGACUUCUUGCAACGAGGCAUCACGCCGCAUCUGAAUGCCUUGGCCAAAGAAGGCAUCUCGCCAAAGUACAUGCUACCGUCGUUUCCGUCCGUUACGUUUCCGAACCACUACACCCUUGCGACGGGUCUAUACCCGGAGAGCCACGGCGUGGUCGGCAACACCUUUUGGGAUCCCGAGCUUCGCGCCGAAUUCUAUUACACGGACCCGGAGCGUAGUAUGGAUCCAAAAUGGUGGGGUGGCGAGCCCUUCUGGGUGACGGCGGAGCUGCAAGGCAUACGCACCGCCGUGCAUAUGUGGCCGGGCAGUGAAGCGCACAUUAUGCACGUCGAGCCCAGUUUCCUGGACAAGUACAAUGGCAAAGAGAUGCUGUCCAACAAGGUCUCACGCAUUUUGGAGUUCCUCGACAAGCCAGGAAAGGAAGACAAAACGGCCAAAAUCGCCGACAUGCGACCGCAGCUCAUUGCGGCGUACGUGCCAGAUGUGGAUGCAGACGGGCAUAGAUUUGGUCCAAACAGCACCGAGAUUCGGUCGACAAUCGAGCACGCCGACCGCAUGGUGGGUGAACUAUACAAAGGCCUGGAGGAUCGCAACCUUACCCACAUCGUCAAUGUCAUCGUGGUGUCCGACCACGGCAUGGCCACGACUGAUGUGUCACGGUUGCUGCAGUUGGAGGACUUGGUCGACACGUCCAAGAUUGAGCAUACGGACGGCUGGCCGCUCUACGGACUUCGACCAAAGAACAAGAAUGACCUGCGGGGUCUAUACGACGGCCUCAAAGCAAAGGCUAAGACGAACCCUAACUUCGAGGUGUAUCUGCGUGACGUCGACAUGCCGGAGCGUUACCACUUCUCAAAUAAUCAUCGCAUCGCGCCGCUAUGGAUUGUGCCUAAGACGGGGUGGGCAAUUGUCACAGAAACCGAGUUCAACUUGAAGGAGGCCAAAAAGAAGGGUCUCGUUUACCAGCCUCGGGGCCUGCACGGCUACGAUCAUGAGCAUCCACUUAUGCGCGCCAUCUUCAUCGCUCGUGGACCAGCCUUCCCACAUCCGGCCAACAGCGAGCUGAAGCCUUUCCGUGAGUUGGGGUGUGCGAAUCUUACAGAGAGGAUGUUGGCUAAUAUGAGUCGCAGAGAACAUUGAGGUGUACAACAUCUUGGCCGACUCAAUAGGAAUGGUGCCCAAGCCCAACAAUGGGACGCUACGCCUGCCGCUCAAGCCCGUCGGCCGGCACAGGCCAGAUCGUACACGGGACGUUCCUGCUGACCCCCCGGAAUCGUCGGUUCACACGCCCCUAGUUGAUCCCCUGCCCGACCCGGCGCCCCCAGGACAGCCGACUGUCACCGAGCGGCCGACGCUCUCUGGACAGCCAGCUAUCAGUGAGCGACCGACGGUCCCUGGGCAGCCAGCUAUCAGUGAGCGACCGACGGUCCCUGAACAGCCAACUAUCAGUGAGCGACCAACGAUUCCCGAAAAGCCAGCCAAGACGGAGGGGAGGCCGGAGGCAACGUCCCCACCUAGCAAAGGCGACAAAGAGAAGGGUACACAUGAAGCUGACGAUGGUGGUCUGAUGGGUAAGGCUAAGCACGUCUGGGACUGGUUUACGGACAAGGUGGAUCGUCUUUGGAACAAGCUUGUAGGCAAAAAGUCUGGCGGGAAUGGAGCAAGUGGCUGAGAGAAAUCCAUAUGCAUUGCUUCUUUGUUAGACUCUGUGCGACUGGCGAAGGCGUUUUGGGGUGCGAGGGCUUCUUUAGCGACAUGGCAUUCUUAGUUGGCACUCUGUACUUUGCUUCACCUUAAGGUACUUGCUUGACCUCGCUGGGAUUUCCGGGGCCUGGCAGGCAUGCACCGAGCCUGCAUUCUGCGCGCAGGGUCAAGAGAAUGUAUCACGGGCUGUCAAUGAGAUGAACUUGGA